UCCACUCACACACACUCUCUCUCUUUACUCUGAGGUUGUGUGGACCACUUUUGCAGUCUGUAUAUGUUCCUGCUGCAAACGUCUCUCGGAGUAAAGCAGAAAGAACACCUAAUAGCAUAAAGCAGUGGACUGAUCAACACUCCAUCAUCAUGUACAGUUUCAGCUUCUUACUGGUGCUAGUGUGUCUACAGGUUUGCGUCCCUUUUGCGUUUGCCGCGCCAACUCAGUGCCCAAGCCAGUGCCACUGCCAUGGGGACCUGCAACAUGUUAUCUGUGACAACGUCGGACUGAAGAAGAUCCCCCGCAUAUCCGAGGCCACUCGUCUCCUAAAUCUGCAAAGGAACAACUUGGGAAAUCUCCCAACUGGGGGUUUCAGCGAGAUGAAGGGGCUAAUUUCUCUGCAUCUGCAGCACUGUCAGAUCCGCGAGAUCUCCAGCCAGGCUUUCAAAGGGGUAAAGAAGCUCAUCUACCUUUACUUGUCUAAUAAUGAGAUCAGCACCAUCAAAACAGGUGCUUUUGAGGACCUAACCGAACUGACCUAUCUCUAUUUGGAUGGUAACCACAUCACAAUCCUUCCGAAGGGCAUCUUUUCUCCCAUGGUCAACCUGUUUAUCCUGCAGCUCGACAACAACAAGCUUCGAGAGCUGCAGCCUGGUACUUUCACAGGUGCUAAUGAUCUCCGAUGGCUAUAUUUGAGUGGCAACGAGUUGAGCUCCAUACAGCCAGGUUCUCUUGAUGAAGUGGAGAACCUGGCCAUUCUAACCUUGGACCGUAACCAGCUGUCUACCUACCCUCUACUGGCUAUGAGCAAGCUGCGUGUCGUGGAGGAACUCAACUUGUCCAAAAACCCUCUCAGCCUCAUCCCUGACCACGCAUUCCGGAGCUUCGGCCGCUACAUGGAGAAGCUACAUCUAAAUGACAUGAGCCUGGAGAAGUUCUCGAAUGCUGCCUUUGAGGGAGUGACGGCUCUCAAGUCUCUGCAUCUUGAGAACAACAAGCUGAAAUCGCUGCCGAACAGCCUUGAGUUUAGCACUCUCCAGAACAUCACUCUGUUUAACAACCCCUGGAGCUGCACCUGCCAAUUAGCAAAUCUCAAAAAAUGGAUGGACACUAGCCGCAAUCGCCCUGAUGCAGUUUGUGCUUCUCCUGGAAACCAGAAAGGAAAGCAAAUAAGAGAGAGCACUGCUUUCACCCGCUGCAAGGCAAAGAGGACCAGGAAGGGACCACGGCUCUGAGAUGGAGGACAGGGCCUGUCCAGGUGUCAGGACUUCAAUGUGCAGAAAAGGAAAGCAAUGCAGACUGCUACAUUGGGACUGUCCAUUUCCUCUUUUUUUUUUUUUUUGUGACAUAAAUGCGCUGACUCAAUUCAUACUAAACAACAUGAAUAGCAUACAUGUGUUCACAGACAUUGACAAACACCCCGAAGGAGCAACUGGGUACAUCUGCAAAGUGAAAUAUUCACAAA